AUGUUCCCCAAAGGCAAAGGCACCCCGGUGCCGUCGGACAGCCAAGCACGAGAAAAGUUGGCUCUAUAUGUCUAUGAAUAUUUGUUACACAUAGGAGCACAGAAGUCUGCACAGACCUUUUUAUCAGAGAUCCGGUGGGAGAAAAACAUAACCCUCGGAGAGCCCCCAGGAUUCCUACAUUCCUGGUGGUGCGUUUUCUGGGACUUGUAUUGCGCCGCACCAGAGAGGAGAGAGACAUGUGACCACUCCAGUGAAGCGAAGGCCUUCCAUGACUACAGUGCAGCAGCAGCCCCCAGCCCCGUGAUGGGAGGGAUGCCUCCUGGCGAGGGCAUGCCGGGAGGACCCAUGCCACCAGGCUUUUUCCAAGGUCCACCUGGUCCCCAGGGCUCUCCUCACCCUCAGCCUCCUCCCCCUAACAGUAUGAUGGGACCGCACAGUCAGUCCUUCAUGUCGCCUCGUUUCGCCGGCGGUCCGAGGGGUCCCCCCAUGAGGAUGCCCAACCAGACUCCUGGUGGAGGACCCGGUCCUCAUCCCAUGUUGCCCAACAUGGAUCCUACACGACCCCAAGGCCAUCCUAAUUUGGGGCCGAUGCAGAGAAUGAGCGGCCCUCGGGGCAUGGGGCCCAUGGGGCCUGGCCCUCAGAACUUCGGCGGUGGUAUGAGGCCUCCACACAACGCCAUGGGUCCUGGCAUGCCAGGAGUGAACAUGGGUCCGGGGACGGGGCGACCAUGGCCCAAUCCCAACAACGCCAACACUAUGCCUUACUCAUCACCCUCUCCUGGUGCAUACGGGGGGGCAUCUGGUGGCGGAGGUCCUCCAGGAACUCCCAUCAUGCCCAGCCCUGCAGACUCAAACAACUCUGGCGACAACUUGUAUACUAUGAUCAACACUGGAUCAGGCAACCGAAAUAAUUUCCCUAUGGGCCCCGGCUCUGAUGGGCCUCUGGGGGCCAUGGCCGGGAUGGAACCGCACCACAUGAACGGAUCACUAGGCUCUGGAGACAUGGACGGAAUGAACAAGAAUUCCCCAAACAAUUUAAGUGGCAUUAGCAAUCCUCCCGGGACCCCGAGGGAUGACGGAGAGCUGAGUGGAAACUUCCUCCACUCCUUCCAGAGCGAGAACCAGUACUCUCCAACCAUGACGAUGAGUGUGUGACCCCCCCCCCCUCCUCUUCCUCCUGCCUCCCUACCGCCUCCGUCCCACCACCCCUACCCAGCAUUAUUUGCCAUCAUUCCAAGGAUCUGAACUCGCAGCAGAACAUGGCCAAACACAUCAGCGCCAAAACAAAAAAAAUCAGGGACGGGCGCCAUUUUGGUUCCACACUAAUGCCAGAAUGCAAGCGACCAACUGCUACUUACUCAAAAAUGAAGGACGAUUUUUCUCCAUUUAUUACAGCCACACAUGUGACAAAAACCAGCUACUGAAAUGCAAACAUGACACGUGUUAUGUUCCUGUUUUUUGCAGAAUCCCCCUUUCUCCCCAUCCCACCCCACCCCCCCAGGUCCCAUCAACCUCCUCAGUGAACAGGAGGAAAAAAAGGUUGACGUUUACCUCUUGUACAUUUCAAUGAUCGCUUCGUGGUGCAAAAUGUGCAGGAAAUAUCCGCUUUUGUCAUUUAAACACUGGAGAGUGUGCAUAUGCAUUGUGAGCUUGGAAAGUCUUUUGUCUUGUCCUUUUUUAUUUUUUUUUUUCAUUUUAUUUUUUCUUUUCUUUUAUUUUUUUCGCCAUGCAUACAGUCUCGCUAUGUCGGGUGACGUAGGACUCUGAAUUUGCCUUUUUACCCAACGGCCACCUUUAAUAAUGAUGAUAAUAAUAAUGUGCUAUCCCCUCCCCCCCAAACCAGUCCUAAUAUUUAAAGAGAUUUCUGAGGGGAAAAUGUGAGAGAAAUGUGGCUUUUAGUCCCCCAUGGAGUCCCGUCGACCCAGUUUGAUCAGUUCCCGGCUGGACUGCCGCGGUGGCCGUUCGCCGUCAAGGGAAGCCAGACUUUGUGGCGUGGGGGGAAAAACGAGUGCAUGAGUGCUGAGGGUUUGUGUACAACAUACUACCUAGUGCUGCUCUUCUCUACGUGGACACCUGCUUUAAGAUGUGGUGUGUAUCUCCUUACCUGCCUGUGCUUAACACUCUGUGCUCCUCAUCGUCGUAGCCUUCCGUGUUUUUUCUGUCCGGUUUUGUUAACGAUAAAACGGCCCGUUUGUUUAUACCACCGGUUGUCCGUCCCACCCCCCGCCCCCCGCCCCCCAUCCCCUCCCUUUUUGAUCCCGUCGAUAAGUUUAUUUUUUAUUUUUUAAUAUUUUGAUAAACAAACUUUGACUACAUAUAUUGCUCCAACCAUUCGGUUAGUCAAAGCUUCCUAAACGGAUUCUAGUAGGCGUCAUUAUAAGGUUAGCAUCAGUCUUGUAAAUGUGAUGAGAAGCUUUGUUUUUUUUUUUUGUUUCUUUUCCUGUUAACAUUACACAUUAUACACAUCUGUCCUAUGUUGCCUUUAUUUGCUGAUAUUUUUUUAUUUCAAAUUGAGGAAAGAUUGCUUGUUAAUAUAAUUUUACAAUAACUUA